AACUGCGCCGCCGCUAGCGCCGACGCUCGGUCGACGGCCCUCCGUCUGCAGUCGACGCUAAUCCGAAGUCGGGGCCACACACUUUAGUGCUUUUGCCCGUCGUAUACUCUGUACCGAUACGCGGUUCGUACCCCCUGAUUGUCAAGAGAUUUUUGUUCUAUGCGUUUUUUACCGUAAAUAUAUUUGUAAGCCUACGGUAAAAUAAUGAUACGAAACGCCGACUCGACCGAAGUCAUCGAUUUGGCCAACCACGUAGACACGUCCCGGACCAGAAUGAUGGACCAGAGACACCGAAUAAUCGGAGGUAUGCUAUCACUUUAUACAGGUGGUAGUUAAUUUUAUUGUUUAUUAGAUGGAAAAACCGUAACAAUGUAAUUUAUACUUACUAGACUUAGUGGCGUGUGCACGGGAAAGAGUAUGAGUUAGCCCCCUACCUUAUCGUCUUGAAAAAGUCAAUUAUACGAGUAUCAUUUGGUAUUUAUUUAGUAUUUUUUGCGUUGAAAUUAUAUCACUGCCGAAUUACAAUAGGAAAAAAAAAAAAAUCUCGAGUUAUUAAAUGAAAACGUCGUUUUUUCGGCGGAUCCGCGGUUUUUAAAUUCCCGUGGACGUAUGUGUGUACGGUGUAUACGGUGCAUAUCAUCAGAUGAAAUUUUACGAUUUAUUCGUGAGUCACGAUUGUUAUUAUGCAUUGCAUAUACUCCCAUUGACUGAGUCGAAUUUUCCAAUUUCCCUUGCGAUUUGCUAUGCCUUUUACGGUGUGUAUUAUAUAUUUAUAUAUGUUUUAGGUAAUAUCUGGUAGUAUAAUUAUAGAUACCCAUAGACUCGCGGUUGUCUUUGAUUAUCAGCUGCAAAACUGCACGGUAAUAAAUUAAGCGCUUACUUUUUAAGGUGUUAGUUUAUAUACUGGGUAUGUAUACUAAGAGUAUUUAACACAACCCCCAGCCCCCUCCUCAAAUAUUUAAUUUGUUUACUUAUGAACCACCCUCCAAGAAAUUAUUUUCUGUGUACGCGCCUGUUAGGUAUAUUAUUGUACUCAUCAAUUUUAACUGUUACUAACUGAUGUACUGAUGAGUAUAUAGGUAAUGGUAAAAUAUAAGUUAACAAUAAGUAAGUAUCAUUUUUUUUUUAUUACUCACCUAAUUAAGUUAAGUUACUCGGUAUAAUAGUUACUUACACUUAUGAUGGAAUUACCUAUUAGAGGUAUUUUUUUCGGAUUAUAUUAUUUAACUAAAAGUUUCUCGAUGUCGUGUUAGAAAAGAAAGAUGAGAGUAGACUGGACAGAAUAUAGAACAAAUGACAGUAAGCGAAAUAAGUUAAUCCAGAAGGAUACUCAAAACUAUAUUAAAGACAGAAAAUGGAAUAUGAUUGGAAAUAUUCUUAAAUAUGAUGUACGAAGGAAAAUGCCUGCACAGUGACGUAAUUUGAUCAUGUUUGUGGGAGAAGGGGGUAAAAUUAAUUUACAAAAGAAAAUUGUAUUUAUCAUAAGAACCUCUGAGUGUAAUAAAUGUAUGUAAGCAUGUGAAAAUGUGUGUAAUAUUGUUAUAGUCAUUAUUGUUGUAGACAAAAUAAUCCGAUAAGCUUUGUCGAUAAUGAAAUUUAUGGUUUUAUUGAAAAUUCUCCGUAAUAAUGAAAUAAAUGAGAUUCGAUAAUUGUCUUUCGUUUAUUUUUAAUUAAUCUGAUUGAUUUAACUAUUAUCCCACUAUAUUUAUACUGAUAAUAAAUGACUUUCACACUUGAUAAACUCACUGUCAACUGAAUAAACAACAAAUUUUGACUUGUCGGUGAUAACGUAGCCUGAUAUGUUUAGAUAUGACCUGUUUAUUAUCUGGAAAUAUUAUUAUGCACUUGGAAGCAGUAUCAAUUUCGAUGAGUGUGCGGCACGGAAUGACGUCUAGUGGGUGCCCGAAGGUUAAUACUUAACAUUAAUUAAAAAUAUUCCGAAAAUUGGAUUAGUACAAAAUAUAAACAUUAAAUUUAUUUCAUCUAUUGGGAGACCCAUAAAAAUACUUCGUUUACACUCUACACAUGUUAAUCGAAAACGAUUUAGCACACGAAUUAGCACACAGAAUAUAUUUACUCACUUCAGUGAAAUUUUACCGAGCAGUAAGAUUUUUACACGUAUUACACAUAGGAUAUAUUAAUCCCCAUCAAAAAAUAUUUAUCGAGAAUCAAAUAUAACUUACGUCAUUUUUAACUCUCCAAAAUUUAACUGGAGGUAAAUUUAUCGUAGAACAUACGAGGUUUGGCUAUUAAAUAACGAGACUGCGCGCGCAGAGAACGUCCCAAAAAAGUUAGGGAAAAACCGAAUACAGCGCUGGUUAGCUGGAAGUAUCUAUUAUACCAGUACAAAAUUGGGUUUUUGUCGGUGAAUCAGUAUUUUUUCUGUAGCGUUUAGAAACGAACAUGUUUUUUCUCUUGCCGAAAACGAUGUGUGACGAAAAACAUGAGCAACGGAUAAACGUAAAAUUUUCUCGUUAAACUAAAAAAAACUCCAACUGAGUGCUAUACGUUUUUAACAGAGGCCUAUAGUGAGGAUUUCCUAUCUCGGGCGCGUGUUUUUGUGUGGCAUAAAUUAUUUUCUGAAGGUCGAGAGUGCACUGGAAUCCAAUUCAGUCGUAAUCCAAAUUCAAAACCAUGCCGAUCGUUUUCUUCGAUAUCAACGGCAUCGUGAUGACUGAAUGGGUUCCAGAGGGUCAAACUGUGAACCAACAUUACUAUUUGACAGUUUUGGCAACAUUGCGCGAAUGAGUUCGUAAGAAACGGUCGAUAUUGUGGAAAAACAAGUCGUGGAUCUUGCACCAGGAUAACGCGCCUGCCCAUAACGCGCUGUCUGUGAAGCGUUAUUUGGCCGCUUAAGGCACUCCAGUACUCGAACACGCGUCUUACUCACCCGACUUGGCACCCUGCGACUUUUACUUGUUUCCGAAGAUAAAGUCUGCCUUAAAAGGAAUCCGGUUUGAGUCGACGGAAGAGGUGAAACAAAAAUCGGCGGAACUCCUGAAUGGUCUUACGAAAACAGACUUCCAGCGCUGCCUCGAGCAAUGGAAGAAACAAAUGAAACGGUGUGUGAAGAGGGGAGGAGAGUAUAUCGAAGGGGAACAUUUGGUUGUGGAAUAAUUUUUAAAAUAAAACCAUUUUUCAUAAGCAGUCUCGUUAUUUAAUAGCCAGACCUCGUAUUUGCUGGCGGGUAAAUAUAUUCGGGUGGUAAGAAUAGCCUUUUACACCGGCGUAAUAGCAGGAAACCAUUGUUGUUAACCGUAUACGAUUUGACUAUGUGAAAAUAAAAACAAAAUUUAGACAAAUAACAGUAAAUCCAUUUACUAUAAAUUUAUUUAUAUAUAAAUCUAUAUAAAUCUGGCAACGCCGCGCAAAAAAAGAUAGGUAAAAACGUUCGCAAUCGUAUAUCGGCCGUUAAUUUACUAUUUAUAAAAAAAAAAAAAAAUGGUCUUAGGUGUUGGGGUGUGUUAUAAACAUUAUAAUAAUUAUAAUUAUAAUCUUUUCUCUCUGUUUAUUAGUGUUUCGACCACCGUGUAGAGUAUAUUAUUAUGUUCUGAGGCGCAAAACGACUUGUGUAAACACACAGAAUAACGCGUUUCGUUUUAUUCUCGUAACGUUUUAUUAACGAGGAGUUCAACGUCGCGUCAUUAUGCGUAUCAGCCGCAAGUGCGUUAAAAAUUUUUCGUACCAAUAAUAAAUAUACCGCGAGAAUGUGCUUGUAUAAAUAUUGUACAACGAAAAUAGUUUCUCACAGCCGAACGACGGCCAACUGUGCGCACUUCGUUUUGCAUUAGAGCGGGAGUUAACGGAAACUGUUGGACGCGGUCGUUUGGUAUUUAAAAUGAUAAAAAAAAAAAAAAAUUGUGAAAACCGGAGGGCGGGCAAUAAAUAAAAAGCCGCCGUUAAUUUAGCAUUUUGGAAUUUCGUUAAAUAUUCCAUUUACAUAAGUAAGUACCGGCACAGGACGGAAAAUCCACACGGUUUUUUCCGCGGACCAAAUCGAACCUAACCCUAGUGACCGAAAAAAGUGUUUUGCGAGAAAAAUAAAAAAAAAACUCGACCUUAUACGGCAAUAUAGUAAUAAUAGUUGUAUCAAUAAUACAACGGCUUCUUCGCUGUACACUCAAGUUUCGUAUUUUGUACCAGACUGUCGUACUAUAACCACGAAAACAAUAAUUAAAUACGGUCGAUGGAGGAGGAGGAGGAGGGGGGGGGAGGGCGAGAGGGGGUGUCGGUAGUAUGAGACCCCACCCCCGCGAGUCUGCGCGGAUGCGCCGCGGCAGAAUAGCCCGUAAAAACUUGAUUUUCACCGAGACGCGUAAACAUUUUACGGAAAAACGAUUUAUUAAUAUUGUGCGACGGCCGACACACCCGCGGUCGGGUGGAAUGGAACGGAAAACCGUCCGUCGGUACGCGGGGGGAAACGUCAAAAUCAAUUCGUUCGCAUUGCGAAUUUGCCAAAGACCGCGCGCAUAGUAAGGCCGACUUAUACGGCGAGUCCCAUUGUAGCGGGUCGUCGACGUUCAUACGGUUAACGAUAAAGAACAGCUCCUCCUCGCGUUUCUAGUUUCGACCGAUUUUGACGCGUUGACUCCGAUUAGUUCUCUAUCGAAUUCGCACAACAUAGUACAGGUGCUCUUCAACAAGGCGUUUCGCUGCCGCAAUCACACUGUUCGCCGAAGCUUAUUACUUCGUAUUAGUUUAGACGUAUUGUUCACUCGACAGCGCGCUGUCGUCGGUGUACGAUUAUAUCGUCUGAAAUGUAUUGCGUUUUAUUGUACAGCUAUUUGUUUUUCUGCGUGUGAAAAUAAUGAUAUGUCCGCGGUAUCCUUUUUUUUAACCGCGUGACGUGACACGCGAUCAUACUCGGCUGCAAAACGCCUACCGCUAUUAAUCCAGGCGAAGUCGCGCGAUUUUUUCCGCUGCAGCGGCACGGCCAGAAUUCAUUUUCGAGUCGGAGGAGGACGGGCUUGAUGCGAAUUCCGAACAAAUUUCCGGACAGGAUUUCGAAACAAUGAGUUACUGCCAUACGUGUUCAAAACUACAAGGAAAUAUGUCAAUAAUUACAACAGAAAAAUGCGCAACUGUAUACUAUUUCGGGUACGCGUAUAUUAUUCGCGAAUAAAUCUCGAAACGGGUUCCCGUGUUGUUUUCACCCUGUUUUAUCGUAUUCCGAUUAGCCGCGGGUCACAAACGGUCGGUUGAUUUUUUUCGGUGUUUUCACUUCGUCGCUGGAAUAUCGCCUUUGACGGCUUGACACGCUUUGCACUAAUAAUGGUAUAGGAAAUGUUCGAAAUAUGUUCAUGUCAUACAUACACAAAGCUCGGCGCACGCAGCCGUUUUGUAUCACGUACUCGGAACAUGACGUUUGCCAUUCACGAAAAUAACAUUUGAAGUGCCGCGGUGAAGUGUCGGCUGGCGUGUUUAUAACGGAUUAUUUCUGUUUUGAUCGGAUAUUCGUUCGGCGCGUUUCAAAUGUAUUACGCCCGUACGUAAUAAUUGGCGACCCGGGGGACCUUGUAAGAGAGCGCGGGACGAAGAUAUUGUGUAGACAAAAAAAAAAAAAUACUAAUAACAAUAAUGAUGAUAAUAAAAAAAAACAACACUGUAUCGCACAGCGCGAGACGAUAAUACUAUAAUAAUAAUAAUAAUAUGAACGCGUCGAGUUUAUAACAUUGUAUCAAUACGAAGGAAAACCGUUGACAGUUUUCAUUUUUGACGGGCGACAAAACGGCGAUACGAGUCGUUCGUAUAUUUACAGCACGCAUUUAUAAUGUACGGCUAAUGGGCGGCACCGGUCGAGUUUAAGUAUGGAAAUGUUCGGUUUUCGGAUCGCGAGCAGGGAGCAUAUAUUAUACAUGUAUAGGUAUAAAAAAUAAUAUUGAUUUUUUUCACGUAUGCUUCAAUACGCGAAAUAUAUAAUAUUAUUAUUAUUUUAAUGAUGGCGACACUACACUCGAAUCGGCACAAGAGUCUUAUUUUUUUUUUUUUUUUUUUUUUUUAAUGGUGAAGGAUGCGGAAGACUAAUUAAAUUUGUCGAAAACUCUUCCACGCACAAAACCCGAUGCGCGGCCUAUAUAAUGCACGCAUCGAUCCAAUAUGCAAGUACAUACGUAUGCAUAUAAUUAUAAGCUCUUUUCUCCCGCUCCAAUUCUUUUGUUUCAAUAAUAUACUUUACACUAAUAAAAUAACUACGAUUUUAAUUUUAGAUUCUGGGCGUAGCGAACAAGCCACAUAUGAUAUGCCGGUAGUAAUGUGAUGUGUUUUUUUUUUUCUCGGAAAACACUUUUCGGCUAGUAAAACAGUUUCGAUUAUUUCGUACCGUACCUUGAAAUGUAGCGACAUUUUCGGCUGGCGGUGCUUUGUUUGAAACACGUUUCGAAUUUCUUACUUUAACGAAAAAUCGCUUUAUACGGUUUGUAUUUUAUUUUUAUAAGAAAACCCGCAAUAAAACCGAAUGAGGUUUAAAUUGUUUAAUACAUGCAAACUGUCAAGAAAAGGUUUAUAGCGAACGACGGAGAUGGCAAAAAAAGUGAACGCCCACAUACUAAUAGUUAUUUCAGGGGGUUUGAUGUAAUGCAAUCAAAUGAACGAUUUCGUUAUCUUUAAAAAAUCUUUACUAUCGCUUAUAAAUAAAUGUAAAUGGUCAAACUAUUUUUAUUUCAUUUCCGUAAAACUACAAUAACGAUUCUAUUAAAUUUUCAUAACCACCCAGUCUGGUGCCUUUUCCAUGUUAUUAUACUUAGAAAUUAAUUAUUGAAUCUUCAAGGUUAAAUACAUUUUAACAUUAUAUUCAUCGACUCACCCCGAAAUUAUUAUAGUAUGAUAUUUUUUUCUUGAAGGUCCGUAGCAAAUUAUUUCAUAUUAAAGUGGUUUACAAUAUAAAUAUUAUAUGAAUUGUUAAAUUAUUUAUUUAGUUUAUCAUAUUUAUUUUUUUACUUUAACCGAAUCAGGAUAUACCUAUUAAUAAUCUCUGUCAAAAAUAACGAUAAAUUUAAAAAACAAUAUAGAUCAACUGAAUAAAUUUACUAUUAAUUAAUAAAUUUGAUAAAAUAUUUCUAAGUAUUUGUUACAAACAAAACAAAUCAUAUUACUUAAAGAAAAAUAUAUAUUUACCACUUAUCUAGUGCAAACUUGUGUAUUGAUGAAUUAAUUAAUAUAUAUUUUUAGUUUCUGAGCGAAACGAGGUGUGCAUUGGUUACUAUGAUAUGUGUGUGUUUUUUGUAUACAUAUUUUUUUUUGUGUGUCUGUUAAUAAUAUUUCUACUAGAAAACUUAGUCCAAUCGAAAAAUAACAAAGGAAUUUUUUUUGUUGCAUUUUGGUUCAUGUCGAUGCAUUUAAGAGGUCAUUUUUUAAUUUUCCAAGCAGUAUUCAUAAUAACUGGGAAAAACCCGAAAAAAUAUUUGGCAAAACUGAAGUAUUUACAGCGGUUCUUUGAAAAAAAAAAAAAAAGAAAUCGUUAAAUAGAAAUAGAAAUUUUACUAAAAAUCUCGUUUUAACUGUACGAAACGAAUGCAAAUAGGCAGUAAUAUGUAAUGCGCAUAUAGUAACAAGAUCUAUUGAUAAUGUAUUUAAUAACAAUAAUAAUGUACAUCAAUAAAAUACACAACCACUGCGUUUCGAUAGAACACGCACCACAAACUCAUAUAAACGACCGGUGACGAAAUUCGGGGACCAAAUUAUAAAAAUGUUAGUAUCGUCUACCAGCUGGUAAAAAUAAUUAUAGAACGGUAAUAUAGAUUAAGGAGUUAUUUGAUGCAGUUACACGGUACGUGUACUUUCAUAUUAUGUCGAUUUAACUCUGUACAUUAAAAUUAAUUCGUUAAAAAGAAACGUUUUUUUUUAACGAAAAUGUCAUGGUUUCAUAAACAAAUUCGUCGUGUAGAAAGUUUCGUUUAAUAGAAAUUCUUUAAAUAAAGACGUGUGCCGAUCGGAUAUAGUUUCUUAAAUACCACAUCAUAUCGUUUGAUUCGUGAAACGUCGAAGUAAUUUUUCUAACAUCCCUCAGAAGCAAAGCUCGUGUCUGGAGGUGGGGUGAGGGUUUGUGGAUUCAAAAUUCGUCCUCUCCUCCCCGAAAUUUGUUCAAAAUUAUUGUUUAUUAUUUUCACGAUAAAUGCCAAUUAAGUUUAUAACAAAAUUAAUAGAUGAUUUAAUUUAAAAAAAAUCGAUAAACCGCGCUUAAUUAUAUGAUUGAUUUCAGUUGCUUUUGUUGUUUGUUUGUUGAACCGAACUAUAAAAAUAUUAUUAUUAUUUCCCCGAAAGGUGUAUGUGUUUUUUGAAAAUUUUGUCUCCAUUCGAAAUUCACUUAAGUUCAGCGAUCCGAAAGUUACGCGCAGGUAUACUUGUGAAAAUAACAACAAUUUUUAACGUGAGAACUUUUGAAACAUAUAAUUGAUGACAUUUGUAAAAUUCGCAUUUUCGAUUUCGUUGAUAUUUUCGCCUAUAUUCGAUUCGAUUUUUUUUUUUUCGAAAUUUAUCCGCACAUACUUUCUACAUUUAGGUUCUCACUACACCGCAGCACCUAUAAAUAUCCACCGACUUUAUGAAAUUAAAAAUGUUAGGCACUUUAAAAACAUUCGUAUAUUAAUAAUACUUUCGUUUAUUUUAACGAGUUUUACCUACGUAUUAUACAUAAAAUAUUGUUGACUCAAUGUAUAUUUACAUAACAUAUUAAAGUCAACACUCGGCAAUAUUAUUAUAAUAAUUGAUUAAACGUAAAAACAAACAAACAAACAAAACGCAGGCGUUGAAAGUGCUGGAUGUAAGAGGGAGAGGAGAGGUGAGUUUUUUAGCCCCAGGCGCCGUCUGAAUAAAUAGGGCACAUUUAAAUUUAUUUAUAAUUUGUGUAUUAUUUUUGUAAUAUUAUGGGAAAGUGUAGUAAGAAGACAGAAUGAAUGGAUAGGUCAUAUAGUAUGGCGUGAGCGAUUAUUAAAGCUAGUUAUAGAAGGAAUCGCGUUGUAGAAGAAUCACAGAGAAAGACCGAGACUAAAAUACAUCCAACGAAUAGUAAAAGACUAAGGAUUCGAUUCGUAUGUACAGAUUAAAAGGAAAGCGAAUAAUGGAAAAGAUUGGAAGAUGACUGCGAACCAAUCUACGGAUUAAAUAAAUCAUACACAUAGAGAGAGAUAUUACUUUUAAAACAAACAGGACGCUUUUUUCAACUAGUUCCCGUCAGUUUUUUAAAGGGGUUUUCUGUAUCAAAGUGGACGUGCAGUAAUGUAGUCCAUUGGAUACCAGGCAGAGUAAGAUUUUGCUUACUGUGCGUUCUCUAGAAAAUAAACGUGCUAAAUGAUUGAGCUAGUUGAUUUUGUAACAAUAAAUAUUAGAUUUUCUGUAAGAAAAUGUGAGGUAGGGGCUUAAAAGCGAGGGAGGGGCAAUUGAGGUAAUUCUAAAAGUUAAGUGGAAGGUUUGAUAUCAAUCUGUUCGUAGAGCUUUUUAAUAGAGGAAAAUGGACGGCCAGUGGAUGUGCACUAAAAAAAAAAAAAUACUUUGCAAAUGCAAUGGGCGUCAAAAUAUGUCCCGAAUCCGAGUAUUAUAAAUUAUACAAAGAAGACAUCAAAUAUAAUAAUAUGAUGUCAUUUUCGAUCCGUAUUAUAGAUAUUAUUUUUUGAAUUGACUAUGAAAAAAAACGUGAUUUUACGUGCGAUAUUUGAAAAUAUUUUCAUCGUACAUCCUUAAUAUAAUAAUGUACAUAAAAUGCGUAUUAAGUAUACAAUACAGGGUGAUUAUUUUAUCAUUGAACACUAAUUUUUUCAAACUGUAUUAACUUUAAAAUUACAUUUUUUUCUACUAAAUUGUUAAAACUAAGCAGCUCUAUAAUAUCACAGCACCAUUAUUGUUUGCCACCCUUAUUUUUAAAGGUGAAACGAUUACUUACUAUUAAUUUUUAAAUGACAAUCUAUAAUAAUAUUACAUGUAAAUGUAUUACAAAUUUCAUAAAUAGACGGAUUAUUUAAAGUAGCAUAUCUCGUCUGUGUGUUGACGGAAAUCAAGCAUUUCAACACCAAAAUGUAUUCAUAACAAUAACAAUGCUUGUUUCUUAAAUUUUGGAAAAAAAAAAUUUUGAAAAAUCAACACUACUUUUUGAACUAUAAUGAGUGGUUCAACGAUGAAAAAAAUCACCCUGUAUAGCCAAUAUCGACUGGAACAAAAAAAGCACGUGAAAAGUAAGCAGAAUAAAUUAAUAAUGGGAAAUGUCGUAACAGGUUGCGGAAAACCGCACGCAACAUUUCGUGACGAUGACUUCUCGGCGAGCUUCGGUUUCAGGUCGAACGACAUCAUAUAAAAUAUAUUUCUAAUUUCAAUAGUAUUGAUUUUCGUGAAUAAAUACGAAGCACACUACGCGAUGAGUCUCAGACGAUUAUUAACAAUUAUUAAUUAUUACUGACAAGUCGUACCUGGGGAGGGGGGGAGGGUAACCGAUAAGCCCCUAGGAAAUUUUUUUGUGUUAUUAUAUUAGGUAUAAAUUACCGAUAUCCAAUAUUCUAAUAAAACUAGAAUACCCACUCAUUUAUAUGUCUAUGAAGGCAUGGAAUCCGAAUAGGUAUUUUGUCAGUUUUAAAAUCGACCAUAAUUAGAGGUAAGAUGGAGUGUUAGAAAAAAAAAAAUGCAAUUGAUUUUUCUCAUAUUAACGAUAAAAUUUAUAGAAUUAAAUGAUAAAAUUCAAUUUUCUCAAAACUAUGAUUACGCGAUCUCUUGUCUCUUUCGGCCAUCGUCGGCUUUUUUCAAAAAAUAUUAAACUAUUUAUUGUUUUAUAACAUGAUUUUAUCUUCAUUUGAACGAACUAUACAUUUGACCUCCCUCCUCCCCUCCGGGUAUCAAGUGAAGGAGUGUCUUUCAAAGUGGAGAAUUCGAUUCUUGGUAUUUGGACGAAAAUCAAUAGAAUCCGACGGUAAAAAUAGUAGCGUUCCGUUUUUUAUUUUAUUUUUUCAAACGAAAAUAAAUAUUUUAUUUUGUACGGCGGCGGGGGUGAAAAUGUCGAAAAUAAGAUUAAUAACUAAUAAGCCCCGCUCUCGAAUUAACACGGUGUUUUGGCGUUUCUAAAAAAAAAUCGUCCGUCUGAAAUAUUUAGUAUAGUCGCGGUAUAAUAUUGGCUAUUAUACCUCUUAACGUGAACGCAUAUAAUAUAGGUAGGUGCCUGGUUGUUUGGGCGUUGUUCGAUUUUCUUUUCUUUUUUUUUUUUUUUUGCGACUUUUUUCUUCGGGUUCGCUUUAUCAUACAAUACAUUUAAUAUAGAUACAUCAGGGUGAAAAAAACAAAAAAAGAACAAAAAUUAUUUUUGAUUUCACGAGCGUACCUAUUUUUAUAUGCUAUUCAUACGGGUUCAACAUAACUAACAAUAUCACCGAAUAUUAUAUUGAACAGUGAAAAAAAAAAACCAAUCAUUUCCGGUUCGCGAACUACGAUUUUAUAGGCGAAUAACGCGAAAUAUUUGUGUCUGUAGAUUCUGAGCGGAGCGAGAAAUGUAUUGGUUUUACAAUGACAUAUUUUUUUUUUAAAUAUAUAUAUAUAUAUACUGUAUAUAAAAAUUUAAGGCCAUUUUUUGAUUUUCCAAGCAGUUUUCAUAAUAAUUGGGAAAAAAACGUAGGAAAAACGGGAAAAUGUACGAAAAUAAUGUUUUUAUUAUUGUGAAUUUAGUUUUUUGUUGUAAUUCUGUUCGCAAUGUUUAUAAAGACUUGAAAUUUGGACAAAAAACUAAUAUUUGCCUUUUAUAGACGUGGAUAAAAUUGUUAGACAGAAAUACUUGGAAAUUUAACAGGUGGUUCAUACUUAAGUCGUACUAAGUGGUCAAUAAGAAAAAAUUGAAUUUAACGUUGUAUUUUUUUAAUUUUAUUUAAGAAUUUUAAUAUCAAAUUUUGACGAAAGUCGUACUUGAUUAUGAAAGCCUUUUGAAACAUGUAUAAUCAAACUCUUCUCAGAAUCGUUUUUCGUAAACAAUGAAUAUUCGUUGAUUAUAUUAUAUCACAGAUUGUAUAUUUUAUAUUACUCUAUUUUACUCCAUAUUACUUAUAUUUAUAUCCUGCCUUCUCAACUUCUCACCUAUAACCGUGAUCCACCCAUCGUGCGAAGUAGGUUGUUUUUUUUUUUUAUGGUUUAAAUUAUCGCCGGACAAAAAAUUUCACGACGGUAAAAACCAUCAGAAUGAAAUGUGGACCAAAUAAUAAGGUCAAAGGCCCUAUAUAGUCGACAAGAAGAAAAUGCAAUACGGAUAAAGUAUUAUAUUAAAUUCGAUAUGUCUCACGAUGAUCUGCAACUUGAAAUAACUUUUGUUCUAUUAAAUAUUUUUUUUUUUCAAAUAAUUAAUGUGCCUCCCUCUAAAAAAAAAAAAUAUUCAUAUACAAACUGUAGCGCAGAGGCACACUAAUUAUUUAAAUAUAUAUAUAUAUAUACACACAUCAAAAAUAUUGAAUAGAACAAAAGUUAUUUCAAAUGGUAUAUUUCGGUUGUUUAUGUUUUUAUCGACAUUCCGUAAAUAUUGUACCGCGCGGCGAAAAUACUCUUGAAUAUUUUCGCGCGAUAUUCCGCACCGAGAGACAAUUUGCCCACGCCAUCUGCCGUUCACUUUACGUUUACGGACGCGGGACGCGCGCAUAUCGUCUUCGGCUCGCCCGCAUUGAUUUUGCGUCCCGAUGAUGCCGACGACAAUCCCCCUCCCACAGCCUGCGUGACGGUGUCUCCGAUUCGUUCGACGGCGUGCACAACAAAACAAACACGAUAACGCACGGCAGAUUCGCCGUCUGGCCCACGCCCUCUCCUCCAACCCCCCCCCCCGCGUAUUAUUUUUCCGGGGCCGUUUGAAAUCGAUACGCCGGUAACGUCAUGCACCACGAAGCGUUUCUUCUCGUGUGUCAACAGCUGCCCGCCGUGUACGGCGAGAAUAAUAUCGUUUAGCCCGAUAUCGCGACGCAGCCGACGUUCGUUUGGAACAUCGGUGAAACGCGAUCGCGAAAUCGGCCGGAUUCGGUAAACUGAGAGUCCCGAUUUAUUAUUUUUCGGUAAAUUGAGUCCCUCGUAAAAAAAAAAAAAACGGGAGCGGUAAAUCGAGUCCCGUUUGAAAUAUUUAAUGUAUAGUAAUAUAAUACGUAUACGUGUAUUACCUAUAAUAAUUAAUUGCUGUCAAAAUAUGAAAUAAAAUAUAUAUAUUAUGUGACUCGCGUUGCUAACAAUAAUAAUUGACACUGUUAAAACGCGAAAAAUAAAUCCAAAUCGGCCCGGAUCGGUUAGGGGCGGCGGUGAAAGCACCUACUAUGUUUUAUUGUAUUCGUUGUAAUUAUUAUUAUUCAUAUUACUUUCUGAAUUGUAUAAAAAUUAUCCUUGUACUGUGCACGCGUAUUCAUAGUUCACUUUAUACCGACUGCUAUUAUAUUUUUACUUGAGAUUUUGAGAAACGGAAUUUUUUUUUGUGUUUUUACUCCGUAAUAAAUAAAUAAGCACCGCCACUGCCUGCACAGCAUUAGUUAAUGGAUUUUGUUUUACACAAGUUGGGUAUUUUGUUACAAAAAAUAUUUAUUUUUUUUUUAUUUUCAAGACACUUUAAACAAUUUUACACGGAUACACUGAUAUAAUAUCGCGUGGCUCCAGAGGCCAGACGCUAUAAGAGGGGUGGAAAGGGGAACAACCCGUUGUGAGUUAGACAGGACGGCAAUCGGGCAAUCCUUGAACCGCUGAAAAUUCGGGCUGCGUCAAUUAUUUCGGGCCGAUGAAUUAUAAUUGUAUUAAAAAUUAUAUGAAAUAUGAUAAUAAAUUUCAUUUAAGAAAUAACCGUUUUUGUUACACGGUUUCGUGACCGAUUUGUGUAAUCAGUGUGACCGCGGAGAGGCCUAACGAUUUUUAUUAUUAUUAUUAUUAUUUUUUUUUUAUCACCGCUUUAAAUUUUAAAGGGAAAUAAGAAGUCGCCGCGGUGAAUACCAUUAUUCCGUGUGUCGCGUUAUUAAAUAAUUAAUUUCGUGUAUCAGACCUUGCUUUGAUAGUACAUAUAGUGUAUAUAUUUAUACAUAUAUUUAUGGGGACCGUAUUAUAUGUUACCCGCAUAUUAUAUUAUUUUGUUCGUUCCUUUACGACGACAACGUCGUGAAAACAUAUUUUCUUUACGUGAAGGGUUAAAAAUCGGACAUCCUUUUAAUAUACAGUGACCCGACGAAUGCGGGAAUAGGGGUAUGGGGGGGGGAGGAGGAGGGAACUGUGUCGCAUUAAUAUUCAACGUUGGCGGACCGCGGGUUUCAAAACAUUAUUACCCCGGUUAGCGUUCGUUUAUGACAAUGUCGUGACAUCGUAUCGGGUGGCAUGAAUUAGACCUUUUGUCUAAUUAUUAUUAUUUCCGACCGGGCAUUGUAUGUUCUGAGUCCGCCUUAGGCUGUAUUUAUCUUUGUAUACCGCCGCGUAUAUACCUGUACCCGCACAUAUUAUUAUGACGUCCGGACGCGGAAUUUUUUUUUUUUUUCAACGGUUCCGAGCAUUCGGUUUUCGAUAAUCAAAACGUAAUAAUAUAGAUAAUAUAGCCCGCAUAACGAAUUAAUAAGAUUUUCCGAAUUUUCUUCAAUCUCGUCCAAUUUGACCGCCUUAACGAUAAGACUUUUCCACAGGUUUAUUAUUGCCCGAUACCCAUUUAAGGGGAGGGCUACGGACGAAUAUGACGCGCGAACAAUUUCAAAAUCAGGACCCGCGUCAUACGGUUCAACAUUCCACGGCGGUAGAAAUAAAAAUAUACUCAAAUAUUAGAAUACAAUUUUUUUUAUCCAAAUCAAAACUUUAUUAGAAUUAUACGGCGCAUCUCAGUGUCAUUUUUAACAGGUGCCAACAUUUGUUUCAAUUGAAAAACAUAUAUAAUACAUGUACAUACCUUUUAUAGUAAUUUUUUCUGAUAAUGGAUUUAUAUGAUCUAUUAAAAUUGUUUUUCUUUCAGCCGAAGACAGUGAACCCACCGAUCCUGGAAUAUGCGGCAAGAUUUUGACGGGGUGCGCUUGGAUUUUGGUUGGGAUCACAUUCCCGUUUUCCCUGUUCGUCUGUUUCAAAGUAAGUACAUAUUAUGAAUUAUACAUUUUUAAACUAUAAACUAAUACUAAAUAAAUUACCAAACAGGUUAACUCAUACUAUAAUAUAAAUCGUGUUAUAAAUGAAAGAAAUCAUAUCCAGACUCAUUAUCCUGUCUCAAUAUCUUCUGGACGACGUUUUUAUAUUCAUAAUUAGUACGGUGGGUUUUAGUAUGGAAAUGAGCCGCUUAUUAUAGAUUAUUAAGAUGUCAGCGUUUUUAUGGCGAGUAAAAAAUAUAUUAAAAUUAAGGAUAUUUUGAAUAUCACUUAAACUCAAGCAGUUCUCAUUAUUUAAUUUUUUUUUUCUUAUAAUCUAUACCGUUUUAAUUUUUUCAAUGUGUAAAAUAUAAAAUUGGCACCAUACUAUAUAGAUCCGUAUUCCAACAAUGAACGAGCUAAAACACAGUACAUAAUAUUAUUUAGGCAAUACAUAUCUGUGUGAUGUAGCUAUAUUUAAUUACGAAUCUCAGAGUUCUUAUGGCUAUUUUAAACAGAUUUGAGUAAUAUGGGUGGAAAAUAAGAGAUCAGUUUAGAGAGUAAUACCCAAAUAGUAAUAGUUGGUGUGUAGAAUAGUUGUUUUUUGAUUUUUCGUAUCGUUUUCUUGAUAAUUCGAAAAUACAGGGAAUUUUCGAUUUUGUUGUAAUAUGGUUAAUAAAUUAUUCUGAUAUUUUUUAUGGAAUAGCCUUUUAUAGACGUCUUACAAUUUUUAAAUUAUUAUGUUUAUUCAUGAGUUGUUUAAAGGAAAUAGACAUUUGACAUUUUCGAGUAUUUUUAAUUUUUAUUUGAUAGUAUUAUGUAAAUAAAAUUAACUAUAAACACUUUAAAUAAUUAUUAUUCUAAAAACAUCAUACUGUAUUUACGUCGUAUAGGUUAUCAUGUGAGCUCACAGAAAAAUUAACAUAGAUAAUAAAGUUAAAACUUAACAAGGACCAAAAAAAAUAUUAUUUAUAAGCAAUAUAUUUUUAGUUAGCUAACGUGACUGGCUAUUUGAAAAAAUCGUCUAAAAAUAAUCUAUUUUUGAAUAUUUUCUACAAAGAAAAAAAAAAGAAAAAAUUAUGGAUUCUUUUUUCUCUAAAAAUUAUAUUCGAAAAUAACAAAAGCUAAAAAUAAAUUGUUUAGCUGUAUCUAUAGAUUAAUAAGGGCCUAUAAAAAAACUUUUUGUCAAAUUUUUUUCCGCCAUUAACUUCAUAAAUUAUUAUUUUUAUUCGAUAUUAUAAUUGGGAAUCAAUAAUUGAAAUCUCGAAGGCAUGAUCGGUAUUCACAUUAAAUCAAAUAUUUAGGUCCAUUUCUGCGGCCACCUCUAAAUUGGAUUUUUAACAUUAAUUCUCAGGUGAUCAAUUAUGCAAGGAACUUUAGUCCCUUAAUAAUAUUAAUAAUUUUUUAGAAAAAAGUUUACGGUUUCGAAUUCGGUUCCGGUUCUUAGUAAAACGAACAUUUUGAUUCCAGUUCAUAAGAAACGAACAUUUUAGUUUCAGUUCAAGAAAUUUUAAAUCACUGGAGCGUUUCAGUUUGUUUCAUUUUGACAGGAUUUUAAUUCAGUAGAUCUAACUCAAUUUAACUUUAGUAGUCUGUAUAAUACAAUAGAGCCGUUUAGGGAUAUAAGGGAUUCGCUUCUCUAGACAUAUUGGUAUCCAUAGUAUAUGUAUUGUAAAUACACUCAAAUUGUUAACUAUUGAAUAGUUAAGUAAUAUUAAUAUUUGUAGUUUAUAUUAUGUUGAACAUUAGUUAGAUCUUUGGUAGAUAAUUAAUCAUCUUCAUCAAAAAAAAAAAAAUGGGCGAAAAUCGAAUUCACGAUUAAUAAAUCAUUUGUAUUGACCCAAAUAACAUUUUAUUAUUUGUUUAGGUGGUCCAAGAAUACGAAAGAGCGGUGAUAUUUCGCCUGGGACGUCUGGUGUCUGGCGGCGCCAAAGGACCUGGUCAGUAUAAUAUAAACUUAAAGAUAUUAUUUGAUAUAUAAAUAUAAUGUACGACUGUAUUCAUUCAAUGAAAUCGUUUAUUUAUACCCAUCUGUAAAGUGAUUAUGAUCAAUUCAGUGGCGUGGUGAGCAAUAUUUGAUUUGUGGGGAGAUUAAAUUAUCUAGUAUCCACCCCCUAAAACAAAUUAAUUCACUUGUCCACGGAGAACUCGCCUUAUUUUAUUACAUUUUGAACAAACACCAUAUGCUAUUUGUAUGCUAUUUGUUAACUAACUGUAUUUACAAUAAUUUACCGCGUGUAAUUUCCUAUUUCAAUCUUUGUUCGAUACGCUACUACGAAUGCUCGCCGGAGCGUAUUUUAGGGAGGCGAUAAGGGCGAUCGCUCCCCUCUUCUAAAUCCUCUGAAUCGAUUUUAUAUAGGUGUGAUGUUAUGAAAUUGUACCUUUAUAUUUUUCUACGGUAAAACAGAAAUAAAAUGUAUUUACUAGUUAUUAAAAUAGGUACUAGAAUAGACUAUGAUAGAAAAAAAUUUAGUUUAUUUCAAUUAUAUACAAUACGAACGUAACAAUAAACAGAUAAGAACAUAAUCUGGGCACAACAUAAUAUUUUAUCAAUAUCAAACAUCACGGUCAUUUUUAGUCAUCAAAUAUCGAAAACAGGCCCAUUAUUCAUAAGAGAUAGAGGGAAUUCAAAAAUGUAAUAAACAAUUUUUUAAUUUAUUAUAGUAUUAUAUUCACAUUAAUUCUGUAUGUAUAUAAAAACGUAAUGAUAACAUUAUAAUGGUGGUAUUCCAUUUUAAUUUAACGCAAUAUUGUAUAUGUACAAAUGUGAUUAUAAAACAUAAUUGAUCGAAAGUCAAGAACACAAAUUAUAACUUUUCGUUCACUUUUAUACAUCAGUAGCCCUUCAAAAGUAAAUUUACUUUUAAUUUGAUAAAAUUAAUAACUGUAAAGAUGCAAACAAGCAAAAAAACAAUGAAGGUUUGAAUCUCAAAUCGUUCCCUCCUUUUAUGCACGGGCGUACCGAAAAAUCAUCAAUUGUAAUUAUUUUUAUGCAAGUGGCAGAGAAAUAAAACUGAGUGGCCAUUUACUCUCCCCCAAUAAAAGGAUGACUAAAUACGCCUUUUAAGUGUGAUGAGGUUUUUAUUCCACCACAUAAUUUCUAAACGCCCGAAUAAAUUUACACACUUCAAGAUCUGAAUGAACUUUUUUUUUUCUUUUACUAACAAUAACAUAAACAUUAUAAUAUUUAUUAUUUUAGGUAUAUUUUUCAUAUUGCCGUGCAUCGACAACUACGCUCGUGUCGACUUAAGAACUCGCACUUACGACGUGCCGCCACAAGAGGUACGUAUACAGAAUACAAAUGUAGCGCGCGGCCUUUUCCCAAGGACUUUAGAAACUUAACUUUUCUUUCCUUCCAACGCGCCCCGAGUAAACCGAUAUAUAUUGGAUACAAUGAGUUGUACGAAAAAAAAACCUUUUGAUAGAUAUGAUCGCAGACGCGCAGACGACUUUGAAGUAUAGGCGCACGCUCGACUAUGUCCUUAGUUAAAUAACGUCCGUCAAUCUAAUAAUAUUUUUCGAUUACUCGUAGUAGUGGCACCAAAGUCCUAAAAUUAAAUUCGAGCGAAAUUCAUUUCAAUUCAUAUCUAAUACGGCCCGUUUUAUUUUAUAAUUAACUGUUAUAUAUUCGAUGACUAAAAAAAAAAAAAAAUAAACAAGAAAUUGAAAAUUUUUCCUUAUUCCUUAUAAAUGAUGAAAAUUAUUAGGCAGCGACAAAUAUUAUUGUGAAUCAUGAGUUUACUACUUCAUAUUCACUAGUAUAAAUUUGACUAUUUUUUUAUUUUAUACAGGAUAAAUAAAAUAAUAAAAUGUAGAAGAGGAUCAGAAUACACUCAUGGUACCUCUACCGUUAGGCCGACAGGCAGAGUAAAAUUCUGUCAAAUAGUAUGAGGAGUUCUAAAUAAGAUUUUGGGAGAUUGUCCCAUCUCGAAUGCGGACGGGGAAAACAAGUGAAAGGAAGUACCAUAGUAUGAUAUUUGCCGAUGUUAUAGCUUUGAUAGGAAAAAAUCUGAAAGAACUUAAUAAUAGGUUCGAGGAAUGGAGUAGCACUUGAAGGGAAGGGACAAAGGAUAAGUAGAAUUAAAACAGAGUAUGAGUUUGAAGAAACAGGACAAGACCGCUAACGAAAAUGAGCAGUUAUAGGCGAGAUUGAGAGUUUCAAAUACAUCGGAUCAUUUGUAAAAGCAUGAUCAUCAAAAAAGCACGGGAGCUUUCAUGAGGAUGUAAACAUAGGAUUAAAUGCGGUUGGAUGGAAUGUAAAAAGCGUAAAGUGUUUUAUACAACAAGAUAAUUCUAAUGAGACUUAAAGUUUAGUUCUACAAAAGUGUGGUGAGACUGACUAUUUUAUAUGGUUCGGAGUGUUGGGCGGUAAACAGAAAAAUAGAAUAGAGAAUGAGUCUCGCAGAGAUGAGAAUGUAAAUGAGUGAAACGUCGAGAGAAGAUAGGAUAAGAGAUAAGUGCAUAAGAGGUAAUUUAGGAGUGAUUUUGAUAACAGAAAAAAUGAGAGAAAAUAGGCUGAGAUGAUUUGGAUAUGUCAAAGAGAGAGAUGCAUCUGAAGCAGUAAGAAUUGUAAUGAAAAUAAACGUAGGAGGAUAGAGGUAGAGAGGAAGACUGAAAAAGAAGUUGCAAUUUAAAAUUAUAUGAAGAUAGUCGCUGUAUGCUAGUUGAGAGAUCAGGUCAAGUAGAAGUCUAGAAUGAAGGUGGUUAAGAUUUAUUUUCAAAUAUAUUACAUAGCAUUAUACAUUAAUAAGGAAGCAAUUUUCUUAAAACAGAUGUCUCACCCAUAAAAAUAUCUAUAUCCUAGAAAUAUAAUUAAGAAUAAGAAUAUUUAUAGGUGAACUGUUUUAUAUUAAUUAUAUUUAAAUCUAAUAAAUACCUUAUCGGUGUCAAUAUGUAUAAUAUCAUAACUUCAUCUUGAUGUUUUCUAACCGAUUUUGCUCCAUUUUAGAGCACAACCAAAAUUGUAUUACUUCAGUUUUGAAGGUUUGUAUUCAAUUGUACAACUGAACGUUACCAGCGUUAAACUUAGUUUAAUUAUGCUGUAUACUUUUCAAAUUAUGAUUUUAUAUUAGCCGAAUGCCAGUAUUUAUAAUAUUUUUCACGCCACAGUUCAAAUUUUUAUCUCUUGCUUCAAGAUUAUUAUGACUAUUGUCAUCUUCAUCUUUAGGAUCAGCAUGUAGCUAUUUUGAAAUUUGUUCACAUUAGAACCACCGAAAUGUUCUUCACAAAAUAUUUUUGAUUAUAGACAUAUUGCAAUGACGCUUAAAAAAAAAUGAUGUAACCCUAAAGCAAAAUGACAGAUAACACAUUAUUAAACCAUUGCAUUCAGUGGCAGCUUUAAAUAAACAAUAAUACUAAAACUGCCUCUUUAAGUGACCGAAUAAUUAGCACAGAGGAGAUAACCAGUGUCCCGACCUUAUCUUGUAAGACUAUGGGCCCUUUGAAUCCCGGCCAUCUUAUCAACCUACUCAUGUAUUUAAACGUUUUAAUUUCUUCCGGUGUUGAUGUUUAACAGGUACUGACCAAAGACAGCGUGACAGUUUCCGUGGAUGCGGUCGUUUACUAUCGGGUGUGCAAUGCUACCAUAUCAGUGGCCAACGUGGCCAACGCCCAUCAGUCUACGAAGUUGCUGGCCCAGACGACGUUGAGAAACGUGUUGGGUACCCGACCGCUUCACGAGAUUCUCAGCGACCGGGACGCCAUAUCUAGGACUAUGCAGGUGUUAUUGGAUGAGGCUACUGAGUCAUGGGGAAUUAAAGUGGAACGUGUUGAAAUGUAAGCACAAUAACCUACACGUUUUUACCCUGUGUAGUCUAUGAAAAAAAAAACAAUAUGCACACAGCACACUUUUUGAGUAGCAGACGUAAGCGAUGGGUACUGCUGCAGUUCUGGAAUUUAUUUGUACCAUCGGACUGGUCUUAGCAUAUAUAUUAAUCGUCAUCUCCUAUCCCACAUUCAAUCAUUGCACCCGCAAGUUAAAUCGUACAAAACCCUUGGUGUCGGUGAAAAACCAAUUUUGCUAACCCAUUUCUUUUUCCUUUUACUUUUUUCCUCUCUUAUCACUCUAUUCUUUCCUUUUACCGCCACCCUUAUCCCUAAUGUCUGAAAACUAAUCGAAAUAUGAAAUUUGUUUAAAUACGAUAAAAAAAAAUUAAAAAAACACGGAACAAAAUAAUCUACUGUCGUCCUCGUAGGCGUAAUAUCGAUUGGUUUAGGACUAUUAGAUGAAGAUUAUAAAUGGUAUAAUGUAUUUUAAAUUCAAUUCCUGGAAGUUUCCUGGGAGUCGAUAACUGCUUAAUAAGUGGCUGCAAAUCUGAGUAGGGAAUGUACGUCUUACAUUACGUUAGCGACCACUUGUUGCAGCCAACCGCCCUGUUGUCUGUUGUCGCGGUAACGUGAGGCAUUAGUGAUGAAUAGUGACGGUUCAAUAUAAUAUUGUGUACCUGUAUACACAAAAAUACGUCCUAGGAUAAUGGGACCAGGUUCAGCCAUUGUUAUAGAUAAUUUAAUGUAUACCUGUAAGCAACAAUAAACCAUUGCUUCCGGAAAAACGAUUCUGAGAGGAGUUCAGUUGAUAGUGAUGCUUUGUCAAAAAUAUAUAUGUCAUAUUAUAGUAAAAUAAUUAAAUAGGCUUUAUAUAUUUUCUUUAAUAAUAUUUGUUUAAUAUUGUACCGAUUUUCCAAGUUUUCCUACGUUUUUCUCAUGUUUUAUCCCAGUUUUUCACAUUUGCUGGGAAAACACCAAGUAAAAUAAAAAAAUUACCUCUUUAAAUUACCUCUCUAGUGAAAUUUCCUUUUAGAAACAUUACUGUUAUUAAAAGUUGGAGCGAAAUUGCUGGUAGAAGAGUUAUGCACAGAAAAAAAGGAGGUCAUAAUAUAUUUUGACUAAUACUUAUAUUUCUUAUAUUUUCCUGUUAUUCCUCCGUUUUUUUUGGUUUUUUAAAUUAGAUGAGAAAACUCCCGAGAAAAAAAAACGAAAAAUUACCUCCUUUAAGUACCUCCCCACAUACCGAUUUCCUUUCAGAAAAGGUGCUACACUAAAAAAUCCGAGCAAGUCAUCUGGUAGUAAGGUUGAACACAAAUAAAAAUAAAAAAAAUAAAAUAAUAAACAUCUUUGUAAAACCAUACGUUUCUUCGCACCACAUAGAAUCUAAAAUUAGUCGGGGGCCUCGACAAUCUUUAAACCCCGAAUAAAUCACAACUGCGUGAUUAAAAUUUCAUUUUUAGCUCGACGUCAUUUUAUUUUUUUUUUUAGAAAUUUCAGUCUAUAUCUACUAUAUAAAUAUUAAUGUUCCAAGAUUUUAAUACGAUAAAUGAAAUAACAAUGAUUUUUAUUGAUUGAUAUGUUCGGCAAAUAAUUGCUAACAUGUAUUUCGUGCAGGUCGAUUUAUCUAAACUCAGUAAGAUUAAACGAAUUUGAGUCAGUAAACAAUUUAAUUCAGUAAAUUGAAGUUAUUGAACUGAAUAAUGUUCCCAAAUCGUCACUAUAUAGAUCCCUAAUACACAAAAGUUGUUAUUCGACGGAAAACCUAAUUUAACCUUUAUAUCAUGAAUAAUCUAUGACUGCGUGUACAUAUAUUAUACAUAUUUUUUUAUUUUUUUUUUUUUUUUGGGAACUUUAGCUUAUCUAUUAUGUAUUUAUGUAUACAUACUAUAAGUUUCGCGUAAACCGGAAGUAGAGGUAAUAAAGUUUUUGUUGUAUAUUUUACGCAGAAAGGAUGUGAGACUGCCAGUUCAGCUGCAGAGGGCAAUGGCUGCGGAGGCUGAGGCUGCGCGGGAAGCCCGAGCCAAGGUUAUAGCUGCCGAGGGUGAACAGAAGGCGUCCCGGGCGCUCCGGGAAGCGUCUGAAGUAAUUAGCGAUUCUCCGGCUGCUCUCCAACUCCGAUACCUACAGGUGAGUUGUCUAAGAGAUUAAAAGAGGAAAAACGACAUCGAAUCUCAUGGACGUAUGGCUUGAAUACGUGUAUCAAUGAAAUACUCAUGUUUCCCAAAAAUUCGAUAAAUACAACCGUGGUGUAUAUAAAAAACGAUUCGAUUCGAACAGGAGAAAUUUUUCGGGGAAACCUGUAUAAAAACCUGACAACUGUUUUAUUUUUUAAGUCAUAUCUACCACCAUGGGCGUCCCCAGACAUUUUUCUAGGGGGGGGGGGCAAAAUUAAUUUAAAAAAUAAAUGAAAAUUGUUUAUACAUUUUAUUUAUAGUAGGUAUAUUAUUAUAUUUUGUCAUUAUUACAAUUAAAACAUUACAAUUAGAUAUUAUUAUAAUACAUUAGUCUUUUUCAUUAAAUAUAAAUUUCAAUCUCCGUGGAAAUUCUCUACCAAAUUGUGUCAGUGCAUUUUCAAUAAAUUUUUCUUUAUCUGAAUUUACUUUUUCUCUAUGAACACUCAACAUGCAUAUUCCACUCAGUCUAUCAUCACCCAUCGUUGAUCGUAACCAUGUCUUAACACGCCUUAAUGUACUAAAAGAACAUUCUGCUGUACAGCUUGUAGCCGGAAGAGACAAAAAUAUUUCCAAAGUAACAGCUAUACUUGGAAAAAACGUACAGUUACAAUUCAACAAAUCGAUGAAAUUAAUUUCUUGGCAGUCCUUAUUUUGCCAAAAACUGUACCAACUAUCUGCUUCAGCUUGUAGAUUAUCAAUUUUAUAGAAAUCAAAAUUUUUUUCAAUGCUCUCAAAAUACAUUUUUUUCUCCAAUUUUUUAAAAAUGUUGGGAUGAAGAUAUUGUAAUAAAAAUGCAUUAUCAUUUUUUUUUUCAAAACGUUCUUUUAUAGAUUGUAAAAUUGAAUGACACUCGUUUCGAUCGAAAGUUGCGUUGGAACUGAUGGGAGUAUCCGCGCGGGUAAUAAUAAUGAUGUAUAAUAAUAAUGAUAGCAGAUAGGUAUAUUGUGAAGUAAGCAAUAAGAUAAUAUACACGAUAUAACAGCAAACAGCUAAUAAAUUAUUGCCCUGUUAGCAUCAAAAAAUACGUCAAGAUAAAAUAAUCCGAUUAUUAAUGAUAGUUUUUAUGGAUAGCCGUGCGCUGACAUUUAGCAACAUAGACCUAUUUUUAGAAGCUAAUUUCUCAUUGGGAAUUUUACCAAUUGCUAUAUAUAUAUAUAUAUAAUAACAUUCCAGGGGGGGGGGGCAAGUGCCCCGUCUUGCCCCCCCCUGGGGACGCCCAUGUUUACUACGUUUAAACUUACAUAUUUAAAUGCGUUAUAAAAAAUAUAUUCAAUUCGUCAUAUAGAGUUAACUCCAGGGUACAGGGUGAUUUUUUUUAUCAUGAACCAUCAAUUUUCUCAGAGGAUUUUAAAUGAGUUUGAUUUCUACUUUUUUUAAUCAUUGUGAAAUCAGUUAACCUAAGACAAUAUUUUUUUUAGGAAUGUUGGUAUACAUAACACUAGUAUCAGAUUUAUCGUUCACGAGUUAUAACCAUUUAGAGUUUAGACCGAAAGAGUAGGAAAAUGUUAUCAAUUUAUCAUUCAAAAUAAAUAGAUGUGCAAUUUGUUACCCUUAUUCCCUACUCUUCCAGUCUAAACUUUAAACUGUUAAAAAUCAUAAACGGUAAAUCUGAUAUAAGUGUUAUGCAUUUCAAAGUUUUUGAAAAAAUAUUCUCUAUUCGAAUCUAUGUUCUAAAAAAGGGAUUCCUAUAUGAAAAACAAAAGUAUGUACUUAUAUAAGGUACAUGUAGUAAGAGUAAAAAAUUAAAAAUGGUUUUAAAAAUAAAGCUUAAAGGAUUCAACAAUGAUUAGAAAAAAAAAAAAAAUCAAAUUUACUUAAAAUCUUCCAAAAUAAUAACUAGUUUAUGAUAAACAAAAAAAAAAAACAAAUGGUCAUACUUCGCUUAAUUAAAAGUUGGUAAGAUAGAGGCUGAAUUUAGUAGAGACGAUUAACCAUCGCUAACUAAAAACGAUUCUGAGUAGAGUUCGGUUAAUAAUGUUACUUUGUCAACAAUAUAUAUGUCACAUUAGAGUAAAAUAAUUACGUAUACAUUAAAUAUUUUCUUUAAUAAUAUUUGUUUAAUAUUGUAUCUAUUUUCCCGGUUUUCUCAUAUUUUUUUCCUGUUUUCCGGAUAAAAAAUUGGCAUCGACAUGACACACCGAUUUCGUUUACCGAAUUUGUUGUAUAUUAUUAUUACUAUGUUGCUCUCUCUUCUUGUAGACUCUGAACACAAUAUCUGCCGAGAAGAAUUCCACCAUCGUAUUUCCACUACCCAUCGACAUCAUAUCGUUUUUCAUGAAAUCACAGGAGACACGGGAGCGUUCUACGGAACGUAAUCAGCAUCAUCAUCGCUACGAGAACAACAGCUGAAUUUUCAAAUAUCAUCGCAUACCAUUAUCGAGAACCGCUUACCGACCAAAUGAAGAAUCCACAUGCAUUUAGUCACCAUUAAUGUACUAAUGAUAAUUUAUUUCCCCGUGAAACUUUUAUAUUUAAAUUUACUCAACCAAUAUUAAUUUUUAUAAUACCCUCUCCCCAUUAUUAUAUAGAUUUCAGACUUUUAUUAUUGUUAGGUGAAUACCUAACAAUAAUAUAGUUUAACUAUAGUAAGUAUAGUAAGUUAGAACUUGUAUAUUAAUUUUCGUCGGGCCUUACACGAAUUAUUGUUAUUAUUUUUUUUUAAUCACGUUCAAACUACAAUAAUAAUAAACUUAAUGUCUCUGACUUGCGUUCUCUCUCUUUUGAAUAUAACUAGGUUACUUAGUGGCUGUAGUAGUGGAAGUAGUAGACAAUUAUAUACAUAUAUUAUACAUGAAUAAUUCAUAUUAAUUGCACCAGGGAUAAUUAUCGAUUUUUAGUAUUAAAAGUUCCUAUAUAUUAUAUAAAUACUUCAUGCGAAUUUUACAAUUUCCAUGUAAGUAAAAAUGUCGAAUAUUAUUAUAACAUUAUGUAGACACGUUGAAACCCCGUAUAUAAUUAAACUAUAAAAACGGUUAUGAACGGUAAAUUUAAAAAAAAAAAAAAAAAAAUGUCUAACCGGAUUUCUUUUAUGCGAUGUUAUUAAAUUAGUGCACUUUAUAAUAUUACAUAAUGGUUUGGUUAAAUUAUAAUAAAAAAAAUACGGUUUGCGUAUAUAUAAUGUAUGGUGUCGUUACAGUUUACUUGUACAGACAAUCUAGAUAAAUAUCAAAUCUGACUAUUAGAAGUGACGUAAUAUCUCAAGUAUAUCGGCC